AUGUCUCCUCCUCAAAGGCUCACAAUUUUGAUCACCGGCUGCUCUCCGGGCGGUAUGGGUGCGGCGCUCGCCGUGGCCUUCCACAAAUCCGGCCACCAUGUCUUCGCCACAGCAAGAAACUCUUCCAAACUCCAAGCGCUCUCAGAACAAGGCAUUGAGACCCUACCUCUCGACAUCACCUCGCCCGCAUCCAUCGAAUCCGCAGUCUCAGCCGUCACAGCAGCCCUCCCUCCUUCAAAAGGCCUCGACAUCCUAAUCAACAACGCAGCAGCCAACUACACCAUGCCCGUGGCCGACGUCUCACUCCCCGCCGCCCGCGAACUCUUUGAUGUCAACGUCUGGGCCCAAAUCGCCGUCACCCAGGCCUUUCUUCCCUUGAUCCUCCGUUCAACCAACAAUCCCGACCCCAAAUUCCAACCCAUCAUCGCCAACCACACCUCCGUCGGCUCCGUCACUGCCCUCCCCUUCCAAGGCAUCUACAACGCCUCCAAAGCCGCCCUAGCUAUGCUCACCUCCACCCUGCGCAUGGAACUCGCGCCAUUCGACAUCCGCGUCGUCGAUCUCAAGACAGCAGGCGUAAAAACAAACCUCAUCGCCAACAGUAAUUUCAACCGUGGCACCACCACCAAUACCACCACCAUUAACGACCCCCUAGAACCUCAAGGCGACCGCCUCCCACCCCACAGCAUCUUCCCCCCCUCGACCCGCCCCUCCGUCGAACACAUGAUGAGCCAAGCCAAUCUUGUCGAGCGGGGUGUGUCGCCAGAGGAAUGGGCUACCGAGGUCGUGGCAUUACUCUUGCAGUCGUCGGGCCCGCCGCUCGAGAUUUGGAAGGGGGAAAGCGCAGCGCUGGCGAGGAUGGCGGCGGCGGUGCCGUGUGGGUUGGCGGAGAGUGUGGUGAAGAGGGUUACUGGGUUGGGGGUUGUGGAGGGGGAGGUUAGGAGGGCGAGGGGGGUUGUUAACUAA